AUGGCUUCUUACCGUCACCAUAUGCCCGCUGCGGCUCCACGAGCUGCUCAUCCUGCCACCUAUGGCGCUCCAAUGCCUGCUCCUGUGGCCACGGCGCCAGCUGGCACCUUCGCACCAGGCACAAAGAUCCAAGUUGGUGGUCAUAGGGUGGUGAUCCAGCAAUACCUGUCCGAGGGAGGCUUCGCCCAUGUCUACCUGGUAAAGCUCCCGAAAGCCGUCGACGGUACGGAUAUGGCCGUCCUCAAGAGGGUGGCUGUGCCCGAUAAGGAUGCUCUGCGAAGCAUGCGGACCGAGGUCGAGACCAUGAAGCGGCUGAAGGGCCAUCGUCCGAUCGUUACAUACAUCGAUUCCCAUGCAUCUGAAAUGCGAGGAGGAGGCUACGAGGUCUUCUUGCUCAUGGAAUACUGCAACGGGGGCGGCCUGAUCGACUUUAUGAACACGCGUCUCCAGCACCGCCUGACCGAACCCGAAAUCCUCCACAUCUUCACCGACAUAGCGGAGGGAGUUGCUUGCAUGCACUACCUUAAACCACCACUGCUUCACCGCGACUUGAAAGUCGAAAACGUCUUGAUACUCAGUCAUGGUUCCCAGAAGCGUUUCAAACUCUGCGAUUUCGGAUCUGCUGCGACGCCCAAACCAGCACCACAGACGGUCGUCGAGUGCAGACUCGUCGACGAGGACGUGCAAAAGCACACCACUAUGCAGUAUCGAAGUCCGGAGAUGAUUGAUGUCUAUCGGAAGCUGCCCAUCGAUGAGAAGUCCGACAUCUGGGCUUUGGGCGUUCUGCUGUACAAGUUAUGCUACUACACGACGCCGUUUGAGGACCAGGGGCAAUUGGCUAUCCUCAAUGCGAGCUUCAAAUACCCCAGUUAUCCUGUGUUCUCAGACCGGCUGAAAAAACUCAUUGCAUCAAUGCUGCGUGAGAAUCCACAGGCCCGGCCAAACAUUUACCAGGUUCUUCGCGAAGGAUGUGUCAUGCAGGGGCGUGAUGUCCCUAUUCAGGAUAUAUAUGCCGGAAAACAACGUGCAGAGCCACAGAGCCGGUCUUCGGUGACCGACAAGGCUCCGUCCAAGCCGGUUGUCGGCGCCGUUUUCUCCCCUCCUCCGCAACAGGAGCAGGCCAUUCCUGACAUCGUUCCCAUGAGGAGAGGAAGAUUGCCGGCCGCUAGUCAACAACCCCAGCAGCAAGUUGCUCAACCCGGCCCAUCUCCCAUGCGGGUGACUGACGGAGAUCCUUUCGCGGCUCUGGAUGCACCGGCCGCAGCUGCUCCAUCGGCGGUUGCGGCGGGAGAUGUUGACGAAUUUGCGUCUCGCUUCCCACCUUUGGACCAGUUUUCCAUUCUUCACGAGCAAGGGUCCAAAUUCAACUUUGACUCGCAUGCUCCUGCUACGCAGCAGCAGAAGGCCCCGGUUCCGCAACCGGCCGACAAACCUGUGCACCAGAUGUAUCCGGUGUCCCAGUCCCCGCCGAAGAACCCGGAGCCGGUGCGGCCCAGAACCGUUGCCCCGGCAGUCUCUGCUUCUUAUACACCACCGACGAUCAAAACUCCUCCAGCCUCCGGGGGACUUACCAAGACGGCAUCUGCGCCUCCAAAGCCUACCGAGAUGAGCAGAGCACAUGCUAUCAUCAACAAGAACCCCGAGUUGCAAGCGAUCUCAUCUCAAAGUCAGGCGCAGCACCAGCCUCAGCCUCAGCCAUCUAGAUAUGUAUCGACCGGCACAAUGACGACUUCUCCGCCGCCAGAACAACAGCCUUCACAGCCAGUGCCAGUGUGGCGAGUCCCUACGUCGGAUCAUCACCGGUCGACCAGCCUUCCCCGCCAGCAAGACCAAACUGUGCUGUCUCGUCCAGGCGGAGAAGAGGGUCCGCUCCCUCGUAACCCUUCCUACCAGCUACGCCCGACCCAUGUCCGGCAUCCUUCAUCGUCGCGCCCGUCCCUGGAAGGUGGGCGGCCAAGCUUGGAGCUUCUCGAUUCAAGUACCCAGUCGAGAAGAUCCAUUGACGGUCGUCCCAGGCCCGUCAGCACCCAUCUCGAGUCCAACCUUGACUUUCUGCGUGAGAAAGAGAGCUCUUCGAGGCCUCUUCCUUCCCCCAGUCUCAUGUCUCCGAAGUUUCCCGACAGGGUACCAUCACCUGCAAUGGCGGAACCCGAGGAGGAAGCUCACAUUGAAUCCAAUGUUGAGUUCUUACGCAGCAUGGAGGAGUCGGAUUCGAAGAAGAGAGACUGGCAUUCGAAACACGGCAAACGCGGAAGCCUCGGCUCGCUCUCUGGUACGAAGAACAUAUUUGCCGGGAAGUUUGGUGAUGCCUUCAAGCGGUUCGAGGGAAACCAAGCACCACCGCCUGGUCGGACUCCAUCGCCGCUCAAGCAGCUAGACCGCAGCUCGUUGACUCCUAUUGAUGGAUCAGAAGCCACCGAUGGCCGCACCGAUGAUGGUAAGGGACAUGAGGAGAUCGAAGACACACCCGCAAUGAGACGGGAACUCGAACGCCUCCGCUUAGAGGAGGAGGAGCGGCGGGUCGCGGCCGCCGCUGCAGAAUACCGCCAACGGUUCUCCAACCAAGAUUCGGGCCCCGGUGGCUCUGCUCCUCUGCCGAAGAGCAUUGGUGGAGUGUCUCGGGCUGUCAGCAUCCAAAACAGGGUGCAAAACCUGUUGAGCGAGGGACAGAAGUCUUCGGCCCAGGUCCCGCGCACUGCGCAAGGAUACGGUGUCUACACAGACGCGGGUCCCGGCCCAAGCCGACUGGACAAGCAACUUCCCGACAUUCCCAGGAAGCCAGUCGGCGGCGUCAAGCCUCGGCCAAUGACGCCAUCCAGUUCGCAGGAUGUGCUGGUCAAUAAGGUGCGGCCGUCGGCAAGCGAGCCCUUGCCGACAACGGGGCGAUCUACACCCGGCCCCCGACCAGUGGCGCCCCGAAAGCCGAUGCACCUCAACAGCCUGCCGACCGGUGGUCGACCGGGUUCUCCGCCGAAGCAAACGCAAGCUUCCGCUUACUCGUCCUCGGAGCACCUUGUCGGCGUUGGACUUCCCGGACGACCGGUGUUGGAGAUGUCGGCCAAGGAGAAAGACGACUACGUCCAGGACUUCUCGAAGCGGUUCCCUAGUUUGGGCUCCAUCGAGAUGGUGGAGCGAGACCUCGCGGCAGAGGCCGGCGAGCAGCGGGCUAGCAGAUAA